AGAGGGCGCUCCUAUUGUGUCCAUUGUGCUAAUUGCACAUAGAAAGCAAGGAAGUGUAGCUGCCUUUCUCAGAUCAGUAAGUGAAAGAUGAUUGGCUCUAGCCAAUAGUAGGCUAUCCCUGGGUAUUUGUAAACAUGAUUCGAGAGUGCGUCCCGAUCAAUAACGCAAUGGUGGGAUAACUACGUAAGUAUGAGCUUCACCUGCCCAGCCAAGCGUAGUGAGGUUUGGCACGUGCGACGUUCAUUUGCCGGAUAUUCUUGUCAGUGGACUUCUAUUUCACGACGCCAAGCUCCACAGACGCUACAUGAAGCUACCGACAUGGAUCUCAACCAGAAUGUAAAAUAUAAGAUAGUGGUUGUCGGCGAUAGCCUGUGUGGAAAAACUGCUUUACUUCACAUAUUUGCAAAAGACUGCUUUCCAGAGAGCUAUGUUCCCACUGUAUUUGAGAACUACACUGCCAGCUUUGAAAUCGACGGACAACGAAUUGAGCUCAGUCUUUGGGACACCUCAGGAUCAGCCUACUAUGACAAUGUCCGACCCCUCUCCUACCCGGACUCAGAUGCAGUACUCAUCUGUUUUGACAUCAGUAAAGCAGAGACUCUGGACAGUGUCCUUAAGAAGUGGAAACCUGAGGUGACAGAAUUUUGCCCCAACACCCAGAUUUUUCUGGUUGGAUGCAAGUCGGACCUUCGCACAGAUCUGUCCACAUUGUUAGAACUUUCACAUCACAAACAGAUACCAGUGUCAUAUGACCAUGGUUCAACCAUGGCCAAGCAGAUCUCGGCUCCCUACCUGGAGUGCUCGGCCCUGCAGUCUGAGAACAGCGUCAGAGACAUUUUUCAUGUGACCACUCUGGCCUGCGUCAACAAGGGCCACAAGAAAGUCAAACACCAAAAAGCCUCCAGGGCCACAAAGAGGAUCUCCCACAUGCCCGCACAGCCCGACUUGCCUGCUGUUCCAGCAGAUUUACGCAAAAACAAAACAAGAAGCUGCACCAUCAUGUGAGGAGGUGGACCUAAUGGGGUUCACAACAACCCUGACCAGUGGGCAAAGGAGGACGGUUUAGGAAGGAUACUGGGAUGUGCUAGUUGUGUCUAAAACUCUCCUGGGAGAGGCUCCAGACUUUAACACUUCGGCAUCUCAUCCAGGACUAGUUAAUGACUAAAGAUUUAAAGAAGCAACAGAGAAAAGGGUGCUUUGGAUUGCAGAGCUCUGACAAGAAGACUAGACAUCAGUUCUGAAUUUAGUCUGUUUGUCAGUCAUCAUGUCCUUCUCCAUAGAAAGUUAGUGACAAACCAUCACUGUUUGAAGUCUUACUGUUUCAGUUUGUCUUACUGAAAGUGGGUGGCUCCUCUUUUUUAACCUUCCAGAACAUUGUCAUGAAAUAUCUGCCUUGCAGAUCUUUCAUCUUCAUAAUAUUGAAUACCAAAGAGAAUCCUGGCUGGUUGUUGAUAUUCCUGAACCUCCUACAGUAGCUCGAUACCUGAUGUUUCGCUGUGGUUUGAAAAAUGAUAUUGACUGUUCUGUUUGAAAGUUCUGUUUAGAGCAUGUUGAGACUCCUCAUACCAAUAGUAUUGUUCCAGAUCUCAACUUCAGUGCCUAAGUAAAGGUGUGUGUGAGUUUUAUGCUGAACAGAGGACGUUGUGUUUGAACACAAGAUCCUUGAGUAUACAGCUAUGCAAAAGGAGAUGGAUUUGGAUCGUCAAAUUGUAUGGCCUCUACAUAGAAUAUCAGUCCUUUAUCUUUUUGCCAUCACCAUGUCUUUCGUCAUACCACUCUGCUAUUAUAGAUCAUCCUGGGGGGGUCAACUCAUAACAGUACAGUGCUGCAUGUUUGACAGAAUCUGGUGACUGUAACUGAAAUACCUGAAGCUGGCUAUUGGAUUGUUUUUACAAUUAUACUCUGACCUGGAACCUCUCCAAACUAUUAAUAUGGCACCAACUUGGGGGCAAUUCAUGGGCCCUCAUACCAUUUUAUUUCACUGCGUUUACAUGACAUGAGAUGAUAAAAAAAAAAUGCAUUUGGAAUAGCAGUCACGAAAAUCAGCUGUUAAACCUCAGCCCGUAGAAUGUCUGUGCUUUGAUUCUUUUUUUGAAGUAUUUAUUUAUGUUAUGUAUUUUUUGACCAGUUUGUAAUAAAUUUCUGUUAAGAGCAUUUUCA